AACAUGUCCCACCCGCUCAGCAACAAGAUGUUCUGCAUGAAGGACCAGAACGAACCUUCAGGCAGGACGCUGACCGUUCUCUCCGAGAACAAAACUCAGCCGUUGGUGGGUCAGAACAUCAUCACCUCCGGUCCAAACAGAACCUCAGGGACCCAAAAUAUUCAGUCUCUGAACAGAACCCAGGUUCACCACAACGCCACUUCAAAGAGCCAACACCAGGAGAGGCCACGUGACGGCCAGAGGAGGUCAAAGGUCAGCAGGCUGUGUGGUGGCUGGCUGCCAGGUUCAUCGGUCGCUUCGGUGGAGAAAGGAACCGGAUUUCUGACCGGACUGCUGAUCUCAUCGUCCUCAGGAUGUGACGGUCACGUGUUCACCAAAGUGUCCCGUUACCUGAACUGGAUCAGACCGAAACUCCUGGCAGCAGAGGAUCACAUGACCCUCCAGAUCAGCCAGUACACAGAGGAACUCGUCAGCCAACCCAAUACGGUUUUCUGAGCACUGACAUUUGAACUUGUACUGCUGAGCUACAGAAACACCAGGUAUUCAUAGUAUUUACUGUUAAAAUGAAUCUAAACUGUGUAGGGGUCACCCCGAGGGGGAAUAAACAUUUCCACCUUUCUUUGA